CUAACAUGUAUAAUGAUAAAUUGAUUUACAACCCCCAAAUAAAAAAUAACUCAGUUUGGAUUAAAAUAGUUUAACAAAAAAGGAUUUUUGAUUUGGGAGGAGGAGAAUUUUUUACAAGAAAAUGAAUUAUCUAUGUAGCAAUAAUUAAUAUAUUUCUCCUUGGACAUUUCACCGGAUAAUUAUGCUACGAAUAAAAUAGUAGCAUUAAUUAUACCAACUCACAAAGAUUGGAAAAUGCAGACAUUUUCUAUGCUCCUACUAAAAUGUGCUUCCCUCCAAACAUAAAUAUACACCCUCUCAGAAUUCUUCAUCUUCAACCAUCUACUUCUGAUCAUGAGCUUCUUUUCAUCCAUGGAAGAAGAUGAGAUCACAACCACCGGGCCUCGAAAUCCAAAAACUUACAAAAUUACAGCUUCUUCAAUAUCCUACUCAAAAUUUACCGCAUCCUGCAGCAUUACUGUACCACCUCCAGCCUUACUCUUCAAACCCUGCACCGGAUCCACCACCCCAACUUACAUAUUGAAGGAUGUCUCUCUUACCGCGUAUCCAUCCGAAAUCCUCGCCAUCGUGGGCCCCAGCGGUGCCGGAAAAUCCACCCUCCUCGACAUCCUCGCCACCCGGGUUUCCCCCACCGCCGGAACACUCCUCCUCAACUCCUCCCCGCUCAGCCCUUCCACCUACCGGAAGCUCUCCGCUUACGUCCCCCAACACGACGCAUGCCUCCCGGAGCUCACCGUCUUCGAGACUUUCGCCUUCGCGGCCCGACUCCUCAACCCGAACAAAACCAAACCCGAGAUUUCCGGCCUCGUGGGGUCCCUCAUGGAGGAGCUGAGGCUCACCCACGUAGCCAACACCCGGCUGGCUCACGGCCUAUCCGGCGGAGAACGGCGGAGGGUUUCCAUCGGCCUUUGCUUACUUCACGACCCCGCCGUGUUGCUGCUCGACGAACCGACCUCUGGGCUGGACAGCAACUCGGCGUUUAAAGUAAUGCAAACCCUCCGGUCAGUCACGGAGUCGCGUCACCGCACCGUGAUUCUAUCCAUUCAUCAACCGAGCUACAAGAUUCUUUCCACCAUUGAUAAGAUUCUCUUGUUGUCUAAAGGAAGAGUGGUUCACCACGGUACGAUUCCUUGUUUAGAACUUUUCUUGCUCUCCAAAGGGUUCACAGUUCCUCAACAGUUGAAUCCGUUGGAGUACGCGAUGGAAAUCGUGUAUGAUCAGCACCAUAAUAAACCCAAGUACAAUUGUGACCAAAUUUUAGCUCCACCAGAUGAUCAUCACUCCCUGGUUCCAGUUUCACCUGAUGAUUCUACUACUUAUAUUAAUGAGUCCAAAGAAGUCCGGCUAAGUUACAAAAGCUCCAGGCUACAUGAAAUUGUGAUUCUGUACCAGAGAUUUUGGAGGAUUAUUUUCCGGACAAAGCAGCUGUUGCUAACAAACACGAUUGAAGCAUUGGUAGUCGGUUUGGUUUUGGGAACCAUUUACAUCAACAUUGGAUCUGGUAAAGCCGGUUUAGAGAAGAGAUUCGGGUUGUUUGCGUUUACGCUGACUUUCCUUCUCUCAUCCACAACUGAAACCCUCCCAAUCUUCAUCAACGAAAGGCCCAUUCUAUUGAGAGAAAUCUCGAGUGGGGUCUACAGGUUGUCUUCCUACCUGGUGGCCAAUACACUGGUUUUCUUGCCUUACCUCCUGGCUAUAGCCAUUGCAUAUUCGGUCACCGUUUACUUCUUGGUGGGACUUUGUUUUACGUGGCAAUCUUUUGCUUACUUUGUUUUGGUCAUAUGGGUCAUUGUGUUGAUGGCGAACUCGUUUGUUCUGUUCUUGAGUUCCGUCACCCCGAAUUUCAUCGCCGGAACGUCAAUGGUAACCAUACUCCUGGCCGGGUUUUUUCUCUUCUCGGGUUACUUUAUAUCUAAAGACAGCAUACCCAAAUUCUGGCUGGUGAUGCAUUAUUUAUCUAUGUACAAGUAUGCACUUGAUGCGUUACUGAUCAAUGAGUACUCGUGUUUAGCGUCCACAUGCUUAAUGUGGUUUGAUGAAACAAAGAAGGCGUGCAUGGUCACGGGACGUGAUGUGUUGGAAAAGAGGGGCCUCCAUGAAACUCAGAGAUGGACUAACAUCUAUAUUUUGAUUGCCUUCUUUGUGUUCUAUCGUUUCCUAUGUUUGAUUGUUCUUAUGAGAAGGGCUUCCAGCUCCAAAAAGUGAAUAUAUAUGCGUUAUUUCAUAUUUCAUUUUGACUCAAUCGAAGGAACUAUAUAUAGU